CAUCCAUCCAUCCACACAUCAUCAAUCACACCCGCCUGGCCCCCCUCCAACCAACAAACCCCCAGGCUCCAUCCAUCCAUCCGUCCAUCCAGCCUGUCUCGACACCGAGCCCGCCGCCGCCUGCCCGCCCCGAUUUGCACCUCAACGUGCUCCCAGCAUCGACCGCCUUCCCCACCGCGAAAGACGAACGCGAAGCAGUCGCCUCAAACACCUGCCAGCCGCCAGUCGAUACCGUCCCAGCCCGCUCCUUCGACUCUCGCCUCGCCGAAAGCGCUUAAGCAUGCUGAGCACCGCGCCGGCGACGACGUGAAAGCCUGCCCGACAGGUCGCACCGCUCAUCGCAUCGCCGUCACCGCCGCCGCCGCCGCCGCCGCCAUCGUCGGCUGCAGUCGCCGCAACGCCCUCUGGCUCCCUCGGUCGAUUGACAUGGCCCGGGCCUCGUCCGCGACGGCCUGCCGCUGGUGACCAUGUCCGACAAUGAGGCCGCCGCCGUCUCCCGCAUCAGCUCCAUCACGAGCGCGAGCCACAGCACCGACAGCAGCACCCGCUCCACGACGACGGUGAGGCCCACGCCCUCGACGCCCGCCUCGUCCGCGCGCCGGAGCUCCAACCACCAGUCUCACAGUCAGAGCGGCCGCCGCGGUCACCACCACAUGCGCGUCAGCACGGACGAGAGCAACAGCGCAUAUCACGCCAGCCGCAGGAGAGCCUCGGGGGACGACGGCCAAGUGUCCCCAACGUCGACUUCUGCCGCCGCCGGCCGCGGCGCCCUCUCGCCCUCGUCGACGACAUCGAACGUCUCCGUGCCCGACCGCCGCCUCAGCGACCUCACCAACUACCGACGCGAACUGGCCGCCAUUGACGGAGCGCAGGGAGGCUCGCGCAACGCCUCGAUAGGCGGCAGCGCGGGCGGCGGCAUCUCGCUGGCCAGCACCAGCUCGCACGCGACGCCGUGGAUGUCGCAGCCUGGGUCCGCGUCCAUGUCGGGCGGCGGCCAGCCGUCGCGGGGCCUGCCGACGAGUUUCUACAACGACUCAAGCGACAGCCUGUCGGUGACGUCGCAGCUGUCGCCCACCCUGCCGUCGUCGGCGACGUUUGGUGGUGGUGGUGGUGGUGGAGCGUCAUCGUCUGCGCCGCCGUUGUACGCUGGAGCAGCAGCAGCAGCAGCAGCAGCGGGGCCCGCCCGCCCAUUUGCCGCACCGCCCGGGUCUGCGUCUGGUUCUGGGUCUGGGUGCCACGGGGGGCUCCAGCUGCUGCCCGGGUCCCACGACUCGCCCGACGCGGCCUAUUUCAGCCCCGACGGAAGGCGACCGUCGGUGGCUAGCGUCACCACAACGGCCAGCAGCCAGGGCUCCAAGACUAGCGUCACCCGCGGCGGCUUCCGCAAACUCCAGGGCUUUUUCGGUGAGGAGUUUCCUGGCCGCGACAGCUCCGAGAGCAGCCUCCCCAUCUCGCUCGGCAAGGACCAGCGCUCGCGCUCCUACAGCCAUACCCGGCCCUCGCAUCGCGACCGCAACUACUCCAAUGCCACGGAUCCCCGCGACCCCUCGCCUUCCUCGUCGAGGCCGCGAACGCCUGUGCCCGCCCCCGAGGUCGUCCCCUUUCUCUACCAGGACAAUACUGACAUUGCGCGGUACGGAGAGGCGCCCGUCCGAGAGUUCAUGACGGGGCCCGACCGCGAACGUUACGCUAGCACCGCCGAAAGCACGGCCUCCCAAGUGCCGCCCAAGUCGUCUUCGUCUGCGCGAUCCGGCGGCGUGCACCUCCCCGGCCAUCACUACCACCGCCACAAUAAAAGCAAUGAGGACCCGCGAACACUGAGGCCGAGCGUCAGCAGGGAAGACACGCUCGCUACAAGCUAUCCCCGCGAACGGGGCCCGUCGGUCCCCAUGAACAUCCAACGGUCGAGGGCGCAUAGCCCGACCCCGAGCGCCAUGAGCGGCCCGCCCCCGGGCUCCCGGUCUGGCCAUGCCGACGGCCAGAUUUCGCCUGGCCACCAUGGCAAACGCGGCCUGCUCGGUCGCCUCCGGCGGCACAAGGACAAGGACGACGGCUCCAAGCUGCGCGACAUGCCCUCGUCGACCCGGUCUCUGCAGGCCAAGGGAUCGAGGCCAGACAUCUCGCGACCGGACAUGUCUCCGUCCCCCUUCCCGGGCUACUGGCCCAGCGCAUCGGACAUGAGUGACUCGCAGGACCCGAGGGCGGCCGCGCAGCGAGCGGCCACUUUUAACAACAAGUUCCCCUUCUCCAAAAAGGGCCGCACGCAACGAGGUGUCGACUACACCGAAGAGGCCAUCGGGCCCACCGACCGAAACGAUCCGGGCCAUGUAUACCAUCUCGAUACGAACCUCAACGACAUGGAGGGUAUUCUGACUAAGCCUCCCGCGUUACCCCCCAUGGACGUGUCCUUUGUCAACAGUCUCUACGGCGAUCGCAAGGAGUCGGUCGUUGAGCCCAAGGGCGGCUGGGAUGCCCCCGACAGCUGGGCCGUCCGUCGCGGCACCGAGGAGCGGUCGAACCAUACCACAGACGCCGACGAGGUGGGCAGUCCGCCACGGCCCGAGGAGAAGCUGGCGCCGUAUUUUAUUCGCAUCUUCCGGUCCGACGGCACGUUUUCCACGCACUCGAUGGCUCUUGACUCGACCGUCAGCGACGUAAUAUCUCAAGUCGUCAAGAAGACGUAUGUUGUCGACGGCCUGGAGAACUAUCACAUCAUCAUGAAGAAGCACGACUUGAUACGUGUUCUCACGCCCCCGGAGCGGCCGCUGCUCAUGCAGAAGCGGCUGUUGCAGCAGGUCGGCUAUGAGGAAAAGGACAGGAUAGAGGAACUCGGCCGCGAGGAUAACGGCUACCUCUGCCGCUUCAUGUUUCUCUCCGCCAGGGAGAGUGACUUUCACGCUCGGACGACCGAUCUUGGCAUCACUCGCUCCCAAAAGCUCAACUAUGUCGACCUCUCUGGUCGCAAUCUUGUCACGAUUCCCAUCUCCCUCUACCUCAAGGCCUCCGACAUUAUUUCUCUGAAUCUGUCGCGCAACCUGUCACUUGACGUACCACGAGACUUCAUCCAGUCCUGUAAACACCUUCGAGACAUCAAAUUCACCAAUAACGAAGCAAGAAAACUACCGUUGAGCCUUGGACGCGCCGGCAAGCUGACGUAUCUCGACAUCUCAAACAACAGGGUCGAGCAGCUUGAGCACGCCGAGCUCGGGGGCCUCACGGGUCUUCUCAAGAUGAAUCUUGCCAACAACAGACUGACGCACUUACCGCCGUCGUUUGGCGCAUAUCAGGCGUUGAGAAGUCUCAACAUCUCCUCCAACUUCCUCGACAUGUUCCCGCCUUUCCUCUGUGAGCUGCAUAGCCUCGUAGAUCUCGAUCUCAGCUUCAACGCCAUAGCAACCUUGCCCGAGGAGAUUGGCAAUCUGAAAAACCUCGAGAAGCUUCUUAUCACCAACAACCGACUCUCAGAAGAUGUCCCGCACGGCUUCCGUCAGCUCAUCAGCCUGCGGGAGCUCGAUAUCAAGUACAACUCCAUCACGAGCAUCGACAUCAUUUCGGAGCUUCCCAAACUGGAGCUUCUGUAUGCAGCUCACAAUCGUGUCUCCUCCUUUGUGGGUCGCUUUGAACGCAUUCGCCAGCUGAAGCUCAACUCGAACCCUCUGAAUAAGUUUGAGAUCAUCGAGCCGGUACCGACACUCAAGACAUUGAAUCUAUCCCACGCCCAGUUGGCCAGCAUUGACUCGGCCUUUUCUAAUAUGACGAACCUGGAGCGCCUCGUCCUGGACAAGAAUUACUUCGUGUCACUGCCGCCGCAGAUCGGAGCCCUGAGCAGACUUGAGCACUUCAGCAUCGCCAACAACUCGGUGGGCGAGCUGCCGCCUCAGAUUGGGUGCCUCACCGACUUGCGCGUUCUUGACGUCCGCGGGAACAACAUCUCCAAACUUCCCAUGGAGAUUUGGUGGGCAAACAAGCUCGAGACGUUCAAUGCAUCAUCCAACGUCCUCGACGUGUUUCCCAAACCGGCCUCGAGACCUCCCCGGCUGCCGGGAGAGGAGUCGUCUGGACCGCCGCCGGUGCAGAAUGGCAAGGCCCUGCCACUGGCCACGCUGCCAUCUACACCCAGCUCCGAAGAACUCUCAGACGAACGGAGGCCGAGCCAGGCUUCCAGCACGCUGCUCAGUGUAGGCCCUUCGCCGGUGCAAAACGGCGAGAACCGGAAGAGCUCGGUCGUGUCUCUCUACGGCAAGGGCGGCCGCAAGACGUCGGUUGUUUCGAGAGCCGCAUCACAGGGAACGCAGGGGACUGGAUCCAGCAGCGCGCCCCCGGCAGCCAUGCGGAAAGAUUCGGGUCUGUCGUCAAGGCUCACAAACACCUUUGCCGGCUCCCUGCGCAAUUUGUACCUCGCGGACAAUCGCCUGGACGACGAUGUCUUUGACCAGAUUACGUUGCUGAGCGAGCUUCGAGUCUUGAACCUGUCGUAUAACGAUGAGAUUAGCGACAUGCCUCAGAGAUCCAUCAAGAGCUGGCCGCAACUCGUGGAGCUGUAUCUGUCCGGAAAUGGCCUCACGACAGUUCCGGCGGAUGACCUGGAGGAGUCGAGCCUGCUACAAGCGCUCUACAUCAACAGCAACAAGUUCACCAACCUGCCGGCCGAUAUCUCUAGGGCCAAGAAGCUCGCCGUCCUGGACUGUGGCAGCAACUCGUUGAAAUACAACAUCUCCAACGUGCCCUACGAUUGGAACUGGAACCUGAACCCCAACCUGCGAUACCUCAACUUGUCUGGCAACAAGCGGUUGGAAAUCAAACAAACUGCAUGGGGAGGCAUCGACGGGCCAGGUGCCGUCAAUCGGGAACAGUACACGGAUUUCAGCCGGCUGGUCAACCUGAGGAUACUGGGUUUGAUGGACGUCACCUUGACGCAACCCAGCAUUCCGGACCAGAGCGAAGACCGACGUGUGCGCACGUCUGGCUCGCUGGCAGGCCACCUCCCUUAUGGCAUGGCCGACACGCUCGGUAAGAACGAGCACUUGUCGACGGUCGAUCUGGUUGUGCCUCGCUUCAACUCGUCUGAGACGGAGAUGCUUCUGGGGCUGUUCGACGGACAGGCUCUCUCUAGCGGCGGCUCCAAGAUUGCCAAGUAUCUGCACGAGAACUUCGGACACAUAUUUGCCUUGGAGCUCAAAAGCCUCAAGACGCGCGCAGGCGAGACUCCCAUCGACGCCCUUCGUCGGGCAUUCCUAGCGCUCAACAAGGACCUCGUGACCAUCGCCGUCCAGCACACCGAAGAGCGGCCCAAGACGACGCAUAGGGGAUCGGCGCAGCCGGUCGUUCUGAGCAAGGAGGACCUGAACUCGGGCGGCGUCGCCACUGUCGUCUAUCUCCAGGGCACCGAGCUCUACGUCGCCAACGUUGGCGACGCGCAGGCCAUGGUCAUCCACACCGACGGGAAGCACCAGAUGCUCACUCGCAAGCACGACCCCGCUGAGCCGUCCGAGCGGUCCAGGAUUCGCGAAGCAGGCGGCUGGGUGUCCCGCAACGGGCGGCUGAACGACUUGCUUCAGGUCUCGAGGGCAUUUGGAUACGUCGACCUGAUGCCUGCGGUUCAGGCGGCGCCGCAUGUCAGCAGCAUGACGGUCAAGGAGCAGGACGACAUCAUCUUGAUGGCGACGAGUGAGCUGUGGGAGUACCUCGAUGCCAACCUAAUCACAGACAUUGCCAGGGCCGAGCGAACGGACCUCAUGCGCGCCGCUCAGAAAUUACGAGACCUUGCCAUGGCGUACGGUGCGUCGGGCAAGAUCAUGGUGAUGAUGAUAAGCGUUGCGGACCUGAAACGGCGCGUUGAGAGAUCACGCCUGCACCGCGGCACGAGCAUGUCGCUGUACCCAUCAGGCGUGCCGGACGAGGCUCAGAUGCUGUCGACGAGGAGGGUUCGCAAGGCCAAGGGCGACGUGCUGGACUCGUCCCUCAACCGCCUCGAGGCAGAGAUUCCCGCGCCGACGGGUAACUUUGCCAUCAUCUUCACCGACAUCAAAAAUUCGACGACGCUGUGGGAGCUGUACCCCAGCGCCAUGCGGUCCGCGAUCAAGCUUCACAACGAGGUGAUGCGUCGGCAGCUCCGACGGGUCGGAGGGUACGAAGUCAAGACCGAAGGCGACGCCUUUAUGGUGGCGUUUCCUACUCCCACUUCGGCGCUGCUGUGGUGCUUUGCCGUGCAGCUCCGACUAUUGGACGUUAACUGGCCUGCCGAGAUUCUCAAUUCGGCGUCUGGGGAAAUCAUCCACGACAAGGAUGGCACCCUCAUAUUCCGAGGCCUGUCGGUGAGGAUGGGCAUCCACUUUGGUGGAGACUGCGUGAGCGAAACCGACCCCAUCACUCGGCGCAUGGACUACUUCGGGCCCAUGGUGAACAAGGCGGCUCGUAUCGCGGCAGUGGCCGACGGUGGCCAGAUCACUGUAUCGACGGAUUUCAUCAGUGAGAUCCAGAGGUGCCUAGAGGGCUACCAAGAGACGGAGCGUCACAGCUCCGCGGGGUCCGAGGAGGCGUUCGACGACGAGUCAUAUGCGGCGGCGAUACAGAAAGACCUGCGCUCGCUCACAUCCCAGGGCUUCGAAGUCAAAGAGAUGGGUGAGAGGAAGCUCAAGGGGCUGGAAAACCCAGAAACCAUCUAUACGCUGUAUGCGCACGCCCUAGCGGGCCGCAUCGAGUACCAUCAACUACACGAGCCGCGCGAGGAAGGCCCCGACAAACCGGCAAUCUUGGCGCCUGGUGCCGAGCUGGCCUUUGACCCCGAGACCAUUUGGGCCUUGUGGAGAGUCAGUCUGCGACUUGAGAUGCUCUGCAGCACGCUCGAGGAGAUUAGAGGCUCCGGGCUGCAGCCACCGGAGACGGAGCUCCUAGAGCGUAUGAAGUCCCGAGGCGGCGAAGUGACGGACAGGUUCCUGCUCAACUUUAUGGAGCACCAAGUGAGCAGAAUAGAGACCUGCGUCUCGACUUUGGCCAUGCGACACAUUGCCAUUGGCGGCGGUGUGCUUCGGGAGCUCAACGAUCUACGGGCACCCAUGGCAUCCGUGCUUGACUUCUUUGCAAAUCAACAGAAGGAGCUGGAGCAGUAUCGCAAGAUGUACGGUGCUCUGCCCCAACCUAGCGGCAAGGAUGGACCGCUGCGGCUGAAGCAGGUGGUGGAAGAGGCAGAAGAGGAUCAGGAGGACACCAAUGCGGCAGAGCACGGUGCCGAGACAGACAGCGAAGCGGAUCACAACUGAGCAAGGCACUCUGCGCCCGCUUCACGUCUCUCCCAGAGCGAGAACGAAGCGCCGCCCACUAUACCCUGGCAGACAUGGGCCAUGCGAUUCGAGAGUUGGAGCCGCGAGUGCUUUGUGUACUUGGGGCAAGAGAUGGGAGCGGGACCGGUACAUAAUUUGGGGAUCCAUGGGCUGAACAUGAUUUUUCUUUUCAUCUUUUUCUUUUGGAGAGCGGCACAGGCGGCGUGUGAAGACGGCAGGCUUGGGCCACGCAUUUGAUUAUGCCCCUUGAGGGGAGUGCGCGCACCGGCCAAUGGUGAUUUCGCGAAUGCGGCGUUAGGGACGAUUUGUAGCUCUGGUCAGGGGGGUGGGGGUGGGUAUGUGGUAGAGGUGUCUGUGGCGCACGAGAGAGCCCGAUGCUUUUGUCCGACCAUGUAUGUUAGGUUGCGGGUUGAGGACAGCCGGGAGAGAGCCUUAUGUCAUGUCUUUGCCAUUAUCUACGUUACUUUAUGUUUGGGUACCCACGGUUGGAUGGCAGGCAGCUCUUUUUAGCGCGGGAAGAGUCGGCCCGCGGGCCAAAUGUUACAUAUUAUCAUCAUCUGCAAACGGACAUGAAAGCCAAAAAAGGG